AUGGCGGGCGGCCGGCCGCCCCUGCUCAGCCCCGGGGACCUCAUCGGCGAGGAGCCCGAGCCCGGGCGCUAUGAGGUGGUGGCGAAGAUCGGCGAGGGGCAGUUCGCGGAGGUGUACGAGGCGCGAGACAGGCGGCAGAACGACGCGCACGUCGCGGUGAAGCUCGAGCGGCCGAGCGCGUCGGGCGUGGUGAAGGUGGAGGCCGCAACCCUGCAGGCGCUCGCCGGGACCCCGCGCAACGCGGCCUACCGCGGCGAGGGCACGCACGCGGGGCUCUACUACAUCGCCAUGGACCUCUACGGCAAGAACAUCACGCAGGCGCGCAAGGACAACGUCCUGCCGACCCUGCAGGGCGACGGCGCGCCGCGCCUGGCCUGGGACGUGGUCGCGCCCAUCGGGCGCUCGAUGCUCGCGGCCCUGCGCGCGCUGCACGACCGCGGCUGGAUCUCCCGCGACGUCAAGCCCGCGAACUUCUGCCUCGAGCACCCCGCGGUGCCCCCGCCGACCCACGCCGUCGUACUGAUCGACCUCGGCCUCGCGCGCCGGUACCGCGAGGACGACGGCAAGCACGUCGCGCGGCGCCCCUCCGCGUCGUUCCGCGGGUCCUCGGUCUACGCGUCCGCCAGCGCGCUCGCCGGCGGCGACAUGGGCCGCCGCGACGACUUGUGGUCGCUGCUGUACAUCCUCGUGGAGCUGGUGACGGGGUCGCUGCCGUGGCGCGCGGCGGCGCGGGCGGCGGCGAGCGAGCGGCAGGCGCGGGCGGCGAUCCGGUCGCAGAAGCGCGCGUGCAUCGAGGACCCGGAGAAGCUCUUUGGCGGCGCGCCGGUGGUCGAGGCGCUCGUGGGGGUGUCGCGGUGCCUCGAGGCGCUCGCGUUCGAGGACACGCCGGACUACGACCGCAUCGACGAGCUGCUCGGGGGCAAGCGCCGCGCUCCGGCGCCCGGCCCGGGCAGCGACGGGGCGCAGCGCGACGCCAAGCGGCGGCGAGCGGUCUCGCCGUCGCCCCCGCGCCGCGUCACGGGCGGCUCGGAGCCCGCGCAGCCCCCGCCGGACGAGAUCGACGACCGCGCGCCGGCGCGCCGCCCGCGCGAGCCCGCGCCCGCGGACCCCAAGCCGCCGGGCCCCCUGCCGUGGUACGCUGGGAUGUCGGGCGCGGCGACCGUCGACGUGGACGCCCGCACUGGCCCCAAGUCCCGCCGGCAGUGGAAGCGCAAACUGGUCGACCUCGAGCCGCCGCCCGACGCGCCCGCGGACACGGUGCCCGCGAUCCGGCAGUCCGCGGUGGCCCGCCAGCCCGCGCCGCACCAGACGCUCGGGGGUCUCGACGUGCACAUGUGCAAGCGGAUCGGCGUGGCGGCGGACCGGCGGCUGCUGGUGGAGCACCCGGGGGCGGAGGAGCCGCUCGACGUGCUCGCCGCGACGCCGAGGCAGGAGGACGCGCUGAUGGCGGUGAUGGCGUACCUGAACGACCUGGUGGGGAACACGUCGACGGCGAGCCUGCCGUGUCUCGCGCUGUGGCUCGGGACCGUCGCGGACUACGCGCUGUCGUGCGAGAUGCGUGCGAGGAACCGGCUGUACAAGGACGGGCAGCGUGUGCGCCGGACGGGGUCGGGGGGGGUGUCGAGGCAGCAGUCGUGGGCGUCGGGGGGGGACGCGGGGGGGCGCGGGCCGGUGCUCGAGUGGGCGGGGAUGGUCGGGAGGGACGACGCGGGGCGGCGCGCGGGGAGCCCGCCCGGGUACCGCGGGGCGCCGGGGGGGGACAGGAGGGGGGGGUAUGACGACAGGGCCUAUACUUCACCAGUAUGA